AUGGCAUGGCUCUUUUGGGCACUUGGGCGCCCCAUCCUGGCAACCUUUGAGGCGAAGCUCUACUUGGAGGAACACUCACAUGGUAUCAACAUCACAGCUGUGCGAGAACUGGUGUUUGCCACACCGGACUGUUCUGCCCAGAUCUCUCAGCAGCUUUGCCAGCGCUUGGACUUGGUCCGCCACGGGCAAACGCGACGUGGUCGCGCCGAAACCGAAGCCGGCGCCGAAACCGUCGCCCGUCAUGUGGCGCCACCCAGCGCCGUACAGGAGAUCUCCACCCAGGCGAUCUUUCAGGAUGAGAAGCCUGUGCGUGUGGCCUUCUUGCUCUUGGCCUACAAGGCUUUGCCGAACCUCAAGCAGCUCCUGCGCAGGUUGAAAGAACCUUGGCAUUUCUUUUUGAUACACCUUGACAAGAAGGCUUCUUGGAGAAAGGAGAAGGAGCUGCAGCAGUUGCUCACAGAGGUGGAGCCCCGCUACGAGGUCAUGGCGGAACGCUUCGAUCUGCGCCGAGGUGGGGCAUCCUUUUUGCUGGUCAUGCUUCGUGCUUUGGAGCUUUUGAUCGCCCAGGACGGCUGGGAGUACUUCAUCAACCUGAACGAUAAUGAUUAUCCCAUUACCUCCAACCAGGCGCUGCAGAGUUUUUUACAGCUCCACCUCAGCGACUCCUUCGUUCACGUGGGAUCGCCGAGCAUGCCAAGGUGCGAAGAAUGUGACAAGAUCGAUGACCUGGUCGUGGCAGUGGAGUGUGUUCUCCCACGAGGCUCCGAACUCCAUGCAUUGCUGCCCUCAGCAGAGGAGAUGAAGCAUUGGUUCUACUUCCCCACCUGGGCUGGUCCAGAUCUCGUAGGCUUGUGGAGGCCCUUAGUGGCUGAGCUUGUUUAUGCCCUACACCUACCAGCCUCCCCAGCGGAUCUGCUCCUGGGACAGCUGCGAAGCGCACAGCAGCCAGAUGAGCGCUUCUUCCAAUCGCUCUUCGCUGAGGCGAUGCCUGAGCGUUAUGGGGGCGGCUUGGGCUCAUUGGGCCGCUACUCACGGGUUCUGGGAACCUUCCAUGUGUGGGAUGUUGAUCGCCUUGAUCCUGGAGAUGCCUUGCAAAGCUCCGGUGUCCCGGUUCAGAUCUACUCCCCGCCGCUGCUCCGUGACGCACGGCGCAACUUCAGCAGCUUGAUGAAGGCCACCCAAAGCUCCCCGUCCAGUCACUUUGCCAGGAAAUUUGAUGCCCAGCGGACCUGGCCCUUGCAACGGCGCUUGGAUGUGGCAGCGCUGGCAGAAGGACCUGCACAAGGCCUUGCCUGCAGCUUGCCUGCUGGUGGUGGUGCUGUCCAUUUCCAUCAUUAUCCUUCCUGUGAAGAGACGUUCUCGGAUUCCCCUGCUGAGCAGUGA